CCUUCCCCACCCCUUUAAAUGAGAAAUUAAUUAAUCCAGAACUCAUUAAUUACCCCUAAACCUCAUUAAUUACCCCCAGAGUUCAUUAAUUACCCCAAGAUUGAAUUAAUUAAUUAAUGAGGCCCCUAAUUAAUUAAUUGACUGAUUAAUUAGCCCAUCCAGGAAGCUUUUAACCCUUUUUUAUCCCAUUUUUAAUGAGAAAUUGACUUUUAAUUACCCCAAAAUUUCAUUAAUUACCCCUAGAGCUCAUUAAUUAUCCCAAGGAUUGAAUUAAUUAUUUAAUUAGGGUUUUAAUUAAUUAAUUAAUGGAUUAAUUACUGCUUUCCCGAGACUUUUAACCCUUUCCUCAUCCCCUUUUUAAUGAGAAAUUGAGGCUUAAUUACCCCAAAAUUUCAUUAAUUACCACUAGAGCUCAUUAAUUACCCCCAGGAUUGAAUUAAUUAAUUAAUUAGGGUUUUAAUUAAUUAAUUAAUGGAUUAAUUAGUGCAUUCCUGAGACUUUUAACCCUUUCCUCACCCCUUUUUAAUGAGAAAUUGGUUUUUAAUUACCCCAAUAUCUCAUUAAUUACCCUUAAAACUCCUUAAUUACCCUCCCAGGAGCUGCCCCAUUAAUUAAUGAAGAUAUUAAUUAAUUAAUCAGGUUCUAAUCAAGUAAUUAAUGGAUUAAUUAACACAUCCAGGAAGGUUUUACCCCCUUCCAAUCCCCAUUUUUAAUGAGGAAUUGGUUUUUAAUUACCUUUAGACCUCAUUAAUUACCCCCAGAUUUUAUUAAUUCCCCCCAGAGCCCCCCAGGAGGUAAUUAAUUAAUUAAUGACGCUAUUAAUUGAUUAAUUAGGAGCUAAUUAGGCCGCCAUGGGGGAGCUGAGUGACCUGGAGCGGCAGAUGGAGCAGCUCCGGCGCUGUGAGCUCAUCAAGGAGAGCGAGGUCAAGGCCCUGCCCUGUGCGCCAAGGCCCGGGAGAUCCUGGUGGAGGAGAGCAACGUGCAGAGAGUCGAUUCCCCCGUCACGGUGUGCGGGGACAUCCACGGGCAGUUCUACGACCUGAAGGAGCUGUUCAGGGUGGGCGGGGAUGUACCUGAGACCAAUUACCUGUUCAUGGGCGACUUCGUCGACCGCGGCUUCUACAGCGUGGAGACGUUCCUGCUGCUGCUGGCGCUCAAGGUGAGGUACCCAGACCGGAUCACUCUGAUCAGAGGUAACCACGAGUCGCGGCAGAUCACACAGGUGUACGGAUUUUAUGACGAGUGCCUGCGCAAGUACGGCUCGGUCACCGUGUGGCGCUACUGCACCGAGAUCUUCGAUUACCUGAGCCUGUCGGCCAUCAUCGACGGCAAGAUUUUCUGCGUUCACGGCGGCCUCUCCCCGUCCAUCCAGACCCUGGAUCAGAUCCGAACGAUCGACCGCAAGCAGGAGGUGCCGCACGACGGCCCCAUGUGCGACCUGCUGUGGUCUGACCCCGAAGACACCACAGGCUGGGGCGUGUCCCCCCGCGGCGCGGGUUACCUGUUCGGCUCCGACGUCGUCGCGCAGUUCAACGCGGCCAACGAGGUGUCGAUGAUCUGCCGCGCCCACCAGCUCGUCAUGGAGGGCUACAAGUGGCACUUCGGGGAGACCGUGCUGACCGUCUGGUCUGCGCCUAAUUACUGCUACAGGUGCGGGAACGUGGCGGCCAUCUUGGAGCUGGACGAGCACCUGCAGAAGGAGUUCAUCAUCUUCGAGGCGGCGCCGCAGGAGACGCGCGGCAUCCCCGCCAAGAAACCCGUGGCCGACUACUUCCUGUGACACACCUGGGCACACCUGGGGACACCUGGGGACACCUGGGGGCACCUGGGAUUCACCUGGGUGUA